UAGACAAACCUUAAAUCUUAGCGAUUUAUAAUCCGAAUGUCUGAAAUUGCAACGCAUCGAACGCCAAUCAGCAUUUUACAAGAAGUGUGCGUAAAGAAAGGAAUAACCCCGAUCUACGAACUUGUGUCAAGUGAAGGACCGAUCCAUGAGCCACUUUAUGUAUUUUUGUGCACAGCCGGUCCAUUCAGUGCCACUUCUAAAGGAGCGAGUAAGAAGAGAGCCAAACAUCAAGCAUCAUAUUUAAUUUUGCUAAAGAUGCUGAACAGCAGGCUUUUGACAGAGUCGGAAAAAUAUACUCUGCGGGAUAUACAUAUUGCCGCGGUCAACGUUCUAGGAUCUGACUUUAUGGACUCACUUGAUGAUAUAGAACUGGAUGGCCUACCAAAUAAAAUAAAACAGGAAGAGGAAGGUAACUUUGUUGGACAGCUACAAGAUUUGUGUCAGAAAAAUACCUGGCCACCGCCAUCCUAUGAAUUCUUAACCAUACCGCAGUCUACCCCAUCGGGUAAUGAAUACAGUUGCAAAGUCAGGUUGUGGAAAUGGACUCAUACAGGAUUUGGAAAUUCCAAAAAAUCUGCAAAGCGACGCGCAGCCCUAGGACUUUUAGAUAAUAUUAUCAAAAAUAAUCUGACUAUACCUCAAGAGGCUUUGGAUGAUAUGGAAGAAGAAACCCUUUCUUUACUUGACAAACAGGACCAGUCUGAUCUGAAGGAAAAUAAAUUAGAAAAUGAGGCAACUGCUCGUAUUUCUUCCAAAGCUCUUCGUGGUUUAUGGAAUAGAAAAGGUGGUAAAAUACGUGUUCCACCCAUAGAUAACCCUGAUAAGGUGGAUAACGCAUGUGAAUAUCUCCAGGAGAUUUGUGAUUGUGCAAAAAUUACUGUUGUAUAUACAUACGUUCCUGCAAACAGUCAGGGUAUGCCAUUCAUUCGUUUACUUUUCAAAAUUGUUUGUAUCUAAUCAAACUUCAGUAAGUUUCGUUACAGAAUAGUCUUCACUGACUUGACAAAUUAUGUAGUGACGAUCUAUGAAUCAAGAUAUGGGUCGCCGUUUUAAGCGAAGGGUGAUGAUGGUAGGCAGCCUUUGUAGCCCUUAAGUUCCAAACAUAAGACCUAAUAGAAAAGCGAGUUUCCACACCAGUUAGAGCAGCAUAAAGGUUAAAUGUCCUGAUUUUGACUGCCAAUAUUGUUAUCCAGUCUCCAUCAAUGAGUUCUUUUAUAUUAAUGACCUGACACUACGACUAUUUUAAAAUGGGAUAUACUAGACUGUACUUUCUAAAAGGUCGGAUUUUAGAUGUCUUGAGCAUUACUACAAUUUGACUACAUUAACGAUAUUUUUUCUAAACCAAUACAUUGGAAUGUACACAGGUGUCAGCAAAAUGGUUACAAUUAAUUAGUAUGUUUUCUAAAAGUAUAUCGAUUUGGAACGUUAUUUGUGUAACUUUUGGAGUUACGCUAUAAAUAUCCACUAUUAUUUUACGCUUUUUAAAUUUCAAGUGGCGUUUAGCACAAUGUCCGAUUUAUGAAUGUUAAGAUGUAUUGAUUAUUCUACUUUACGAAAUUCUUCAAUUAAUACUGAACUAUUUAUAUACUUUUUAGGGAUGAUCUGCUGCUUUGCGGAACUUUCCACUCUACCACCACAUGUAAUCAAAAGUCAAUUGUCACCAAACCUGGCAAGUGCACGUAAAGAUGCUGCUCGCAGAUGUAUACUAUUUCUAAAGGCUAUGUCAUCUACAACACCUUGUCUUAACUACAGUGAAUGGUUUUCUGCUUCUCCUGAUAAUUAUUUGAAAUAGAUUUAAGUAAUUAAUUCUAUAUAUAUGUACAUACAUUUG